AUGGUCAUGAGGCUCCUCGCCCUGGCCGCGCUGGCCUGUGCGAUGGCCGGCAAGGAUGCCCCCAGGCGCAUGGUCCCCGUCACCUUUACUACAGGAAGUCUGACCUUUGCCAAUUCCUCGGGACGGAACCUGAUCCUCGCCCCCAUCGGCGCCAACUCGGUGCACUUCAUCAGCUGGCUGGACGAUGCCGACUCCAGGACCUUUGACAUCCUGCCCAUCUACUACACCCCCCAGCCGCCCACCCCAUGCCCCGCCUGCAUCGGCGCCUACCACGGCCAGGGACCCAAGUUCCAGCUCCUGCACCAGGUCCUCCGCAGCCAGCAGUGGCAGGCCAUCCACCCGCGCUACGACGCCGUCAUGCUGGCGGACGACGACAUCAUCAUGUCCACGCAUACCCUGAACGAGGCCUUCCGCAUCUUCGGCACGUUCAACAUGACCCUGGCGCAGCCCACGCUGUGCCGGCACCCCCAGGUCGGCGUCAGCCAUGGCGUGGUGCUGCAGAACCAGUCCAACUUCAUCAGGUACACGCCCUUUGUGGAGAUCAUGAUGCCCAUCAUGACCAUGGAUGUCCUGAACAGCGUCGUCGGGCCCACAUUCGAGGACGCCUACACUGGCUGGGGCCUGGACUUUGUGUGGCCCUUCCUGCUCAAGUACCCCCGGCGGGGCAUCGGCCUGAUUGAUGCCAUCUGCGCCAUCCACCCCAAGAGCCAGGCGGGGAAGGUCUGCCCCUACGGCUUCACCCACCCCAAAGCGGGUGAUGCGCGCGGCGAGUUCAAGUACAUGAUAAUGAAAUACGGCCUGACGGACGACGCCGUGGAGUCCUACGGCGUCGACACCUACCCGCAGGACAUCACGUGGGAGUUUGUUACCCUGGAAGUGGCCCGAAGGCCCGCCGUGACCCUCCAGCAGCAAGUUGAGGAGGAGCCGUCCUCGCCGCAGUUGAGCCCACUAGCCAGGGUCAGUGCGGGCCCGGGGUCCGACUGGAGGGCCACCGCCUUUCUUCUCACCGGCCUCCUAGCAGGGUCGGCCAUGCUGCGGCGCCGGCUGACGCGGCACAGGCCGCAAAACCCCCGCAUCCUGCAGCCUUUCAUGAGCGCCGAGGGGGUCAAGCCCUGA